AUGGGCUUCACCAGACAGAUACAGCUUCUGCUCUGGAAGAACUGGGCCCUGCGGAAAAGGCAAAAGUACCCGGAAAUUGAAAUCUCUGUCUGCGUGCCUGCAGCCAACUUCCCUACUGCUACCACAUUCUGGGAAUUUCCAGGAUGUCUGGGCCAUUUUCCCAACAAGGCGAUGCCCUCAGCAGGAAUGUUGCCAUGGCUCCAGGGGAUCUUCUGCAAUGUGAACAAUCCUUGUUUUCAGCACCCUACCCCAGGAGAAUCUCCUGGAAUUGUGUCAAACUAUAACAACUCCAUUUUGGCAAGGGUGUAUCGAGAUUUUCAAGAAAUCGUUAUGGAUACACCAGACAGCCAGCACCUCGGUCAGGUUUGGACAGAGCUCCGCACCUUGUCCCAGUUCAUGGACACACUUCGGACUCACCCUGAGAGAAUUGCAGGAAGAGGAAUACGAAUUCGAGAUAUCCUAAAGGAUGAAGAAACACUGACGCUGUUUCUCAUACAAAAUAUUGGCCUGUCUGAUUCAGUUGUGUACCUUCUGAUCAACUCCCAAGUCCGUCCAGAGCAGUUUGCUCACGGAGUCCCAGACCUGGUGCUGAAGGACAUCGCCUGCAGCAAGGCCCUCCUGGAGCGCUUCAUCAUCUUCAGCCAGCGACGCGGGGCACAGACAGUGCGUGACACCCUGUGCUCCCUGUCCCAGGGAACCCUACAGUGGAUGGAAGAUACUCUGUAUGCCAACGUGGACUUCUUCAAGCUCUUCCGUGUGUUUGUCCUUCGUCCGAGUGUUCAAAACUUGUUGUGGGUGACCAGGCCCCUCAUGCAGAAUGGUGGCCCAGAGACCUUCACACAACUGAUGGGCAUCCUUUAUGACAAAAGAACAACGUCCUUUUGUAAUGCAUUGAUCCAGAGCUUGGAGUCAAACCCUUUAACCAAAAUACCCUGGAGGGCAGCAAAGCCUUUGCUGAUGGGAAAAAUCCUCUUUACUCCUGAUUCUCCGGCAGCUCGCAGGAUACUGAAGAACGCCAACUCGACUUUUGAAGAACUGGAGCGUGUUUGGAAGUUGGUCAAGUCCUGGGAAGAAGUAGGGCCCCAGAUCUGGUACUUCUUUGACAAGAGCACACAGAUGACCAUGAUCAGAGACAUCCUGGAGAACCCAACAGUAAAAGAUUUUUUGAAUAGGCAGUUCAGUGAAGAAGGUAUUACUGCUGAAGCCGUGCUGAACUUCCUCUAUAAGGGUCCUCGCGAGAGCAGGGCUGACGACAUGGCCAGUUUUGACUGGAGGGACAUAUUUAAUGUCACUGAUCGCACCUUACGCCUGGUUAAUCAAUACUUGGAGUGCUUGACCCUGGAUAAGUUUGAAAGCUAUGAUGAUGAAACUCAACUUACCCAACGAGCCUUGUCUCUGCUGGAGGAAAACAGGUUCUGGGCCGGUGUGGUAUUCCCUGACAUGUAUCCCUGGACCAGCUCCUUACCACCCCACGUGAAGUACAAGAUCCGCAUGGACAUAGAUGUGGUGGAGAAAACCAAUAAGAUCAAAGACAGGUACUGGGAUUCUGGUCCCAGAGCUGAUCCUGUGGAAGAUUUCCGUUAUGUCUGGGGAGGGUUUGCCUAUCUGCAGGACAUGAUUGAACAGGGGAUCACCAGGAGUCAGGCCCAGGCUGAAGUUCCGGUUGGAAUCUAUCUGCAGCAAAUGCCUUACCCUUGCUUCGUGGAUGACUCCUUUAUGAUCAUCCUGAACCGCUGUUUCCCUGUCUUCAUGGUGUUGGCUUGGAUCUACUCUGUCUCCAUGACUGUAAAGAGCAUCGUCUUGGAGAAGGAGUUGAGACUGAAGGAGACUUUGAAAAACCAAGGUGUCUCCAAUGCAGUAAUUUGGUGUACCUGGUUCCUGGACAGCUUCUCUAUCAUGUCAAUGAGCAUCUUCCUCCUGACAGUGUUCAUCAUGCAUGGAAGAAUCCUACAUUAUAGCAACCCGUUCAUCCUCUUCCUGUUCCUGUUGGCGUUCUCCACUGCCACGAUCAUGCAGUGCUUCCUGCUCAGCACCUUCUUCUCCAGGGCCAGCCUGGCAGCAGCUUGCAGCGGCGUCAUCUACUUCACCCUCUACCUGCCACACAUCCUCUGCUUCGCCUGGCGGGACCAGUUGACGGCCAAAUUGAAGUUAGCUGUGAGCCUGCUGUCUCCUGUGGCAUUUGGGUUUGGCACUGAGUACCUGGUUCGCUUUGAAGAGCAAGGCCUGGGGCUGCAGUGGAGCAACAUCGGCAACAGUCCUAUGGAAGGCGAUGAGUUCAGUUUCCUGCUGUCCAUUAAGAUGAUGCUCUUCGAUGCUGCUCUGUAUGGCUUGUUUGCCUGGUACCUCGACCAGGUCUUUCCAGGGGAUUAUGGAACGCCACUUCCCUGGUACUUCCUUCUGCAAGAGUCCUACUGGCUGGGUGGUGAAGGGUGUUCAACCAGAGGAGAAAGGGCCCUGGAAAAGACCGAACCCCUAACAGAGGAAAUGGAGGACCCGGAACAUCCAGAAGGAAUAAAUGAAUCCUUCUUUGAACGUGAGCUUCCAGGGUUGGUUCCGGGGGUUUGUGUGAAGAAUCUGGUAAAGAUUUUUGAGCCCUGUGGCAAGCCAGCUGUGGACAAUCUUAGCAUUAACUUCUACGAGAACCAGAUCACCGCCUUCCUUGGUCACAAUGGAGCGGGGAAAACCACCACCUUGUCCAUCCUGACGGGUCUCUUGCCACCGACGUCAGGGACUGUGCUCAUUGGGGGAAAGGACAUUGAAACCAGCCUGGAUGCGGUGCGGCAGAGCCUUGGCAUGUGUCCGCAGCACAACAUCCUGUUUCACCACCUCACAGUGGCUGAACACAUCCUGUUCUAUGCCCAGCUGAAAGGAAAGUCCUGGGAGGAGUCCCAGCUAGAGAUGGAAGCCAUGUUGGAGGACACAGGCCUCCACCACAAGAGGAAUGAAGAAGCUCAGAAUCUAUCAGGUGGCAUGCAGAGGAAGCUGUCUGUUGCCAUUGCCUUUGUGGGCGAUUCCAAGGUGGUCAUUCUGGAUGAGCCCACCUCUGGGGUGGAUCCCUACUCAAGACGCUCCAUCUGGGACCUGCUCCUGAAGUAUCGCUCAGGCAGAACCAUCAUAAUGUCUACACACCACAUGGACGAGGCAGACCUCCUCGGGGACCGCAUUGCCAUCAUUUCACAGGGGAGGCUCUACUGCUCGGGCACCCCACUCUUCCUGAAGAACUGCUUUGGCACUGGCUUCUACCUCACCUUGGUGCGCAAGAUGAAAAACAUCCAGAGCCAAACAAGAGGCUGUGAGGGGACCUGCAGCUGUGCGUCCAAGGGCUCCUCCAUCCAGUGUCCAGCCUGUGUUGAUGAGCUCACUCCAGAGCAAGUCUUGGAUGGUGAUGUGAAUGAGCUGAUGAAAAUGGUUCACCACCAUGUUCCAGAAGCAAAGCUGGUGGAAUGCAUUGGCCAAGAACUUAUCUUCCUUCUUCCCAACAAGAAUUUCAAGCAGAGAGCAUAUGCCAGCCUUUUCAGGGAGCUAGAGGAGACACUGGCUGACCUGGGGCUCAGCAGUUUUGGAAUUUCAGACACGCCCCUGGAAGAGAUUUUCCUGAAGGUCACGGAGGAUUCUGACUCAGGGCCUUUGUUUGUAGGUGGCACUCAGCAGAAAGGAGACGACGUCAGUCUCCGACACCCCUGUUUGGGUCCCAGGGAGAAGGCCAGACAGAUGCUCCAGGGCUCCCGCAGCUGCCCCACGGAGCCGGCUCCUCGCCCCGAGGACCAGCCUUGUGCGGAGCCAGAGGACCACAGUGCCCUGCUCAACACAGGAGCGCGGCUCGUGCUCCAGCACAUGCAGGCCCUGCUGGUCAAGCGGUUCCACCACGCCACGAGGAGCCACAAGGACUUCCUGGCACAGAUUGUUCUUCCAGCCAGUUUUGUGUUAUUCGCUCUGAUGCUUUCCAUCAUCGUCCCUCCUUUUGGUGAAUACCCCGCUUUGACCCUUCAUCCCUGGAUGUAUGGGCAGCAGUACACCUUCUUCAGCAUGGAUGAGCCAGGCAGCGAGCGGCUCAUGGUCCUUGCAGAUGUCCUCCUGAACAAGCCAGGUUUUGGCAACCGCUGCCUGAAGGAAGAGUGGCUCCCGGAGUAUCCCUGUGGCAAUUCAACCCCAUGGAGGACUCCCUCUGUGUCUCCGAACAUCUCGCAUCUGUUCCAGGAUCAGAAAUGGACACCAGACAACCCCUCACCUUCUUGCAAGUGCAGCACCAGAGAGAAGCUCACUAUGCUCCCCGAAUGCCCAGAGGGUGCUGGGGGACUCCCUCCCCCUCAGAGAAUACAGCGCAGCACCGAAACUGUCCAAGACCUUACAAACAGGAACAUCUCUGACUUCUUGGUAAAGACGUAUCCUGCUCUUAUACGAAGUAGCUUAAAGAGCAAGUUCUGGGUCAAUGAACAGAGGUAUGGAGGAAUUUCCAUUGGAGGAAAGCUUCCAGCUCUCCCCAUCACUGGGAAAGCACUUGUUGGGUUUUUAAGUGACCUUGGCCAGAUAAUGAAUGUGAGCGGGGGCCCUAUCACCAGAGAAGCCGCUAAAGAAAUGUCUGACUUCCUUAAGCUUCUAGAAACUGAAGACAACAUUAAGGUGUGGUUUAACAACAAAGGCUGGCACGCUGUUGUCAGCUUUCUCAACGUGGCCCACAAUGCCAUCUUACGAGGCAGCCUGCACGAGGACAAGAACCCGGAGGAAUAUGGAAUCACCGUCAUAAGUCAACCCCUGAACCUAACCAAAGAGCAGCUCUCAGAGAUUACAGUUUGGAACUUCGCCCCCCUGAGUUGUGUCAUUUCCCACAGAUGGGCGGUCAUUCCCAUGAUGUACCCAGCGUCCUUCCUGUUUGAUGUCCCCAGCACAGCCUACGUGGCCUUGUCUUGUGCUAAUCUGUUCAUCGGCAUCAACAGCAGUGCCAUCACCUUCAUCUUGGAAUUAUUUGAAAAUAACCGGCGAGCUGGGGCAGCUGAAGUGGACUCAAUUCAUGUUGAUUUCUGGUGGCCUCCGUCUCCAGGUGAGGAGCACUCUUCAAAUCCCUUCCAGUGGGACCUGAUUGGGAAGAACCUGGUUGCCAUGGUGAUAGAAGGGGUGGUGUACUUCCUCCUGACCCUCCUUAUCCAGCACCACUUCUUCCUCACCCAAUGGUACGUUCAUGUCACUGCCCUGAGGGUGCCAACGGCGGGCUCACUAUUUCUGCGCAGUGUUUAUUCCGGCACCUCCGGCCCAGCAGUGGACAGGCUGUGUGUCGGAGUCCGCCCGGGAGAGUGCUUUGGCCUUCUGGGCGUGAAUGGUGCGGGCAAAACAACCACAUUCAAGAUGCUCACUGGGGACACCUCAGUGACCUCAGGUGAUGCCACUGUAGCAGGCAAGAGGCUGAAGGUUGCAAACUGGAGUAUUCGGAGCCUAGGCCUCUCUCUCUACGCAGACUGCUUGGCUGGCACGUACAGUGGGGGCAGCAAGCGGAAACUCUCCACAGCCAUGGCGCUGAUUGGCUGCCCACAGCUGGUGUUACUGGAUGAGCCCACCACAGGGAUGGACCCCCAGGCUCGCCGAAUGCUGUGGAACACCAUCAUGAGUAUCAUCAGGGAAGGGAGAGCUGUGGUCCUCACAUCCCACAGCAUGGAAGAAUGCGAGGCCCUGUGUACCCGGCUGGCCAUCAUGGUGAAGGGCACCUUCCAGUGCCUGGGUACCAUUCAGCACCUCAAGUACAAGUUUGGAGAUGGCUACAUUGUCACAAUGAAAAUCAAAUCCCCGAAGGACAACUUGCUUCCCGACCUGAACCCCGUGGAGCAGUUCUUCCAGGGGAACUUCCCAGGCAGUGUGCAGAGGGAGAGGCACUACAACAUGCUCCAGUUCCAGGUCUGCUCCUCCUCUCUGGCCAGGAUCUUCCAGCUGCUUAUCUCCCACAAGGACAGCUUGCUCAUCGAGGAGUACUCGGUCACGCAGACCACGCUGGACCAGGUAUUUGUGAACUUUGCUAAGCAGCAGAUGGAAACUCACGACAUUCCUCUGCACCCUCGAGCUGCAGGAGCCACUUUGCAAGCCAAGGAAGUGGUUGAAGGGAAUUCUGCACUUCAAGGGUAA